AUGGCGGCUUUAAUGAUGCAGCAACGUUACAUCAAUACUCAUAGAGGAUGGAGUUCAGGAUUGUGUGACUGUUGCCAGGACAUGAAUUCUUGCUGCUGUGGGUUCUGGUGCUUUCCUUGUUUUAUGUGCUCCGUCACUGGUGAUUUUGGGGAGGGCACCUGUCUGCCUCUCCUGGACAUAUUCGGCCCAGGUUUCCUGGCUUUUUUCGAGAUUCCAACAUGUGUGCCGCCUGUGAGUCUGGGAAUGAGGGUGGCAGUUCGCUACAAAUAUGAUAUUGGGGGCAAUAUCUGCGAUGACAUCAUGGUGUCUUGCUGUUGCAUCUGGUGUAUGUGGUGUCAGUUGAGUAGAGAAAUCAAAGCACACAAACAAAACAUCACCAUAGUGCAAACCUUACCUACUGUGAUUCAACCAAUGUCAACCACCACUCGAGUUGUCUCUACACAGCAGACGGUUAGUUUGGGACCGGUAGCAGCUCCUGCAAUAGUGAUGUAA